GGAUAUUGAGUGUGUUUAUUGGAAGCAUUUCCCUUCUGAUUUCCAGCCUUGUGUUGAUGGCUCAUCCUUGAAAAUGAGAAGAUUGCACCGUACUACAGCAGAGAAUACAGAGAGGAUAGACACCGCAGAAAGCUCCUGAUCAUCACCCAAGGAACAACAUUGCUGAACACAGAGAAGGUUGGGCAGUGAACCAUCAUUUGGAAAUCAGUUGGAUAAGGGGAGCUUUGACAUAUCAUGAACCACUCUCUCAUUCCUGCAGGUGUGAGGCUGUUUAAAAGAGAGGUCUGUGAGGAGGGUUACCCAACCUUGUAAGGGUUCAGUACAGACUGGGUGCAGCUGCCUUACAACUGUUAACACAAGGGCAGCUAAAUGGAAGAGAAACCAUUUAAGUGUGAGGUUUGUGAUCGAGCUUUUGCAAGGCCAUUGACGCUCAAAAAUCACCGACGCAUUCACACUGGGGAGAAGCCAUUUAAAUGUGAGGUUUGUAACAAGGGAUUCACACAGUUAUCAGGCCUGGUGAAACACCGGCCCAUUCACACGGGAGAGAAACCAUUCAGAUGUGAGGUUUGUAACAAAUCUUUCUCACAAUCAUCCAGCCUCCUUGUACACCAACGCAUUCAUACAGGAGAGAAACCAUUCAGGUGUGAGGUGUGUGAUAAAGCAUUCUCAACGUUGGCGGAACUUCGUAAACACCAACGCAUUCACACAGGAGAGAGACCGUUCACGUGUGAGGUGUGUGACAAAUCAUUCUCGCAAUCAUCGACCUUCCAUACACACCAACGUAUUCACACUGGUGAAAAACCAUUCAGGUGUAAGGUGUGUGAUAAAUCGUUUUCACGAUCAGGGAACCUCUAUGCACACCAACGCAUUCAUACAGGGGAGAAACCAUUUACAUGUGAGGUUUGUGACAAAUCAUUCUCGAGGUCAUGGAGCCUUCUCCUCCAUCAGAGAAUCCACAAAGGGGAGUAACCCUUUGAGUGAUGUUUGUUUGCGAUGAACAUUUUGCUAUGACUUUGGAAAAGCACAGAAUUCAUACGGUAGAACUGUUCAGGUGCAACAUUUGUGACAAAGCUUUCCCAUAGAAGUGUAUGUCCCUGACUGUCAAUGCACUAACACAGAAGGUAGUUUGUCGCUGUUAAUUCUGUAAUAAAACCUUCACAGAGUUGUUGAAAUUGCUGGAAUAUCAGUGAACCUACACAAAAUCCUGCCAGUCUGUUAUCUGAGUGUUUACCUGCACACAGUCUCACGGUGCAGGGUGUUCAGUGGGACUGGGAACAGAACAAGAAGCAGCUUUCACUCCCAUCAAACACCUAGUGAUGACAUCACCAGUGCUGAGGGAUUAUGAUGUCAACAAUGGAGCCACCAUGCAGUGUGAUGUCAGUGACACAGGACUUGGAGCAUCCCCCAUACAGUGAGGGUAACCCGUUGUGUUUUUAUCCAGAGAGUUAACACACUGAACACUACUGUACACAGAUUGAGAAAGAGAGCAUGGCUAUUUGUUUGUGAAGAUUUCUCCCAGCACCUAUUUUUGAGAGAGCGGACAAUGGUGGAGUCUGACCACAAGCCAAUUCAAAGCAUCUUUUUCACUGCAGGUGUUCUGAUUCGUUGUUUGAUGGGAGUGAAAGUAGCUUUUUGUUCUGUGCCCAAUACCACUGAAAAUCCUGAUCUGACAUAGAGAUUUACAAGAUGACAAAUCAUCUGCUCCAUAGGAUCUGCACAGGAUGUUAUUUUGUUUGUAGAGGUAUCAUUUGGAAGUAAAGCACCAGGGAGCAGAUAGAUAUUGCUAAUAGACAAUUAAACUCCCCAAGACCCUGUGACAAAGACUCUUUUCUCUGAAUUAGAUUAUGUAGGGGAAUGUUUACCCAGGAAAGGUUGGACGGGUACAAACAUGGCCACCUCCUCGGCAACUGUGUAACUAACCUCCUAAUUACACAUGCUGACCCCUCACAACUCCCCACUUGAUCCUCUGACAAACCAAUUAAAUCCUGCAUUGAUGUAUGUCAGGCAAUCUUAGAAUGGAGCAACUACAUCCUGAAAGAAUGGAAUGUUGUUCAGUCCAGCAACGAAUGAUCUUGCUGCAAUAAGAUGGCUCUUCCAAUACAUGAAAAUCUACUAAGGCUGGAAGAAAUAACAGGAGUGAGUGACAAGAUCAAAAUGAAAUGAAAGCAAAAUUCUACUUUGAAGACAACUGAAUCAUUACUAGAACUGAGAGUUGUUGAGCUAGUCAGAGUAUAAAUAUACACAUUCCACAAAAGCGAGGUAACUUGGGAACUGUGUAGAGAAGUUCUCAUUUCAAUAAUAGACACUGAAAGUGAAUGACCAGACCUGUUGUUGCAAAUGAAGAUAUCUGUGUGCUAUCAGAGAAGCCGCUCUUUCUCAGCAGACAGCUGAUGAAGCUGAUCUGAUUUCACUAAGUGAGAUCAGAAAUGAACAACCAUCAAUCUCAGAGGUCAACCAUUCCCAAAGAAAUGGUGCAGAUCAUCAAUAACAAAUACAAUAGCAGCAACACAUGCUGUAAUAGCAACAUUCUCCUGAGAGAUGACAGCAGACACGAGAUGAAAAAUCGACAUAAACUUGUAUAUCUAAUGCUUCAAGUAUCAUGAGUGCGAUAUGCAUAUAAGCAGAUAAAAAUGAAACUGAUUAAUAAGAACAAUAGUUUUCAGAUUCAGAUGUGAUAGCUUUUCUUGAUGGGUUUUGUAUGUGGAGUAAGCUGCAAAUAAUAGUGCAGACAAGCUUGUUUUUUUUAAUGAAUCGGAUAUUUUUGGAGAAAUGCCUUUCGGCACAAUGUCUUGCUGUAUGAAUAUGAUAUCUGGUGCCAUCAUAUGUAAAUAUAGGUUUAAGGGCUGUGAUCAUUUUAUACACCAUAUGUAACAUUGUUUGAAAUUCAAAUUGCUCCAAUUAUUUCUGGAGCAAGAUGAGUUUCCUGAAGCUUCUAAAACUGACUGGUGAAAUGGAGGUGACUUUGAGCAGCAGAUCAGGUGGGGAUUUAAAUUUAUCAUUGCCCCAUCUAAAUAAAACCUCACUUUUUGCAGUAGCUGUCUCAGUUUCCCUGCUAAACCUUUGUCAGAGAUUUCUUGUGUGGGAAUAGUUUUCUUCAUCCUCGGAGGCUUUCAAACUGAUAACAUUAGCCUUGGAUGUGUUUGACAGCAGAUCAGAAGAGGAAUAUGCAGCGUCCAGCACAGAGAUACUGUGCAGUGGUGGAAUCAGCACAUGCACCGGAGAAGAACACAAGAGUGAGGAAUAAAUGAGGGAUUGAGAUUGGAGGAACGUACCACGGAGGGAAGGAUGGAAGCAAUUUCCUCUAUUCUUCUCCUCCUCCACCUCCUACUUCUGGUUCCUUCCUCCAUUCUCCACAUUGAUUUGCUUUUGAUCCCUCCUUCUUCAAUUCUCUCUGUCUUUCCUGCUUUGUCUAUCUCUUCCUCUCCAGCCUUUUCAAGAUCAGAGUGAUAGUGCGUGAACCCUUUUAAAUUCUAUCAUAAACAAAAUGAAAGCAGAAACUCUACUCAAUUGAGGUAGUAAUGUCAUUAUGAUUCUGUUAGACUAUUUUAACUAUUUUUCUGCUUUAUGUGACAAAAUUGAAAUAAACUAUCGUCUGUAGCUUGUAGUUUGUGAAAUAAUUACCGGUCACGGUAUGUAGACUGGCAGAAACUCACAACUCUCAUUAUGGUCAUUUCUGUGGUUGGUAUCAGCUUCAUGGCUGACGUUUAAUAAACCAGUGUUGAAGAUCGCAAAGCAUCAAUUUACUCUUGACAUAAAUUACAUUUAAAAUUCCUGGUACAGUCAAUUUGAGAUGGAUUAUGGUGAAAAGAAACAAACAGUUAGGCAGAACUGAUAUACUUGUGUUUGGUGCCUAUUUGUUGAGGACUUUUAUGAAAACAAACUUCGAAAAACAAUUGUGAGACCAACGGAAACAAUUAUAUAAUGAAGGGACAA